GUAGAGCUGCGGAUCAGACUCUCCGGUACAGAGUACUUAUUCUUCGUAAGUGACCCUCUAGAACAGUUGAGGAUUUUGGGUCUACAUGGCACACAUUGGUUCGGUUCCUGGCUACAUUUUGUCUCAUUAUCCUAUUAGUUCGUCGUUCGUCCCAUUGACUUGGCGGCUUCUUCCUUGACCCUCCCAAAACCAAAACAUUCUUGGGCCUGUUUGCACACACUCUCACUCACUAUGGCUGCCAUUACAACCUCUCGGGCCUUUAUCAAGGUGGUGCCUAAGAGUGCUGCUUCACCAACUUGUUCCCUUCGUGCGGUCACUCGUCCCGCAAGCAGGAGCCUUGCGAGGCCGGUCUUCCAAAGAUGCUCCCGACGCCAUUUUUCAUCGCAGCCUCCGCGCCGAUCCAGCAAUAGUGCCACCAUAGGACUGGUUGCCGCGAUCGCUCUUCUUGCGUGUGGUGGUUACUACUUCAAUACUCGGGUUGCUGAUACACACACCAAACCAAAAGCUGGAGUCCAGACCACCAGUAACUUCAAGCCGUCUGCCAAAGACUACCAGAAUGUGUACAAUGCCAUCGCAAAAGCGAUCUGGGACAACGACGAGUAUGAUGACGGGUCGUACGGGCCAGUUCUUCUUCGGCUAUCGUGGCACACAUCUGGAUCUUACGAUUCCGCCACUGGCACUGGAGGCAGCAAUGGUGCAACUAUGCGAUUUGCUCCAGAAAGCCAAUACGUGCCCAACAGAGGCCUGGAAAAUGCGCGCAAUUUCCUGGAACCCAUCAAGGCGCAGUUUCCGUGGAUCACCUACUCAGACCUCUGGACUCUUGCUGGUGUCUGCGCCGUGCAGGAAAUGCAAGGUCCUACUGUCCCGUGGCGACCUGGUCGACAAGACCGAGAUGUCUCUUAUUGUUCACCUGAAGGCCGUCUCCCAGACGGGGACAAGGACCAGCAUCACGUCCGCGCUGUAUUUAGCAGAAUGGGCUUCAACGACCAGGAGACGGUGGCUCUCAUCGGCGCCCACGCCGUCGGACGCUGCCACCCUGACAGAUCCGGCUUCGACGGGCCCUGGACUUUCUCCCCGACUGUAUUUACUAACGAGUACUUCCGGCUCCUUAUGGAGGAGAAAUGGGGCUGGCGCAAGUGGAACGGACCCAACCAGUACCAGGACCAGACCAGCAAGAGCCUCAUGAUGCUGCCCACCGACAUGUCGCUUAAACACGACCCCAAGUUCAGGAAAUACGUUGAGAUCUACGCCAAAGACAGCGCCAGGUUCUUUAAUGACUUCUCAGCCGCCUAUUGCAAGUUACUCGAGUUGGGCGUGCCAUUCAACAGCCGGCCCGAGGACAGAAUCAACUUCAAACCGACUAUCGAAUGAUAACCAUCCUCUGGUAUGUAGUAAGAUAAUAUAAUGAGAUGGCGUCUGACGAUAGAUUUACAAUGGAAUGCGGCGAGCUUGCAAGGUCCUUAUGAGAUGAGUCGGAUAUCGGGCCAGUCUUAGGCGUUUUGAGUGUCACUACGAUUGGGAAUCUCGGGCAAGCGGAAGGCGCGGAAUAGGGGCUAAACCAUAAUGGCAAAAUCCAUGUCUGAAUUUCGUAUCAUGCCACCCAAUCUGCGUCCGGUACAGCUCCGGACUCCAGUCGACUGGGAGAAUAGAUUGCUCAGAUUCUGUUGUGUCACACCAUAAUAAAGGCUCAGGAAAAUCCGAU